AACGCGCGUGGAUGGGUUGGUCACGUAGUUGACAAUCAGUCCUGUGAUUAGCUGUUUUGGAUUUUAUAAGGACACGUCAUCAGUGAGCGUUGAAUUUACGUGGUGUCCUUUUUUUUUUUUUUCCAAGGGAAGAGGAGAGCCGUUGGAUUUUGAAUUUGGGGUUCGUGGCAUGUUCCGAGUUUCCGAGUUACGAACUCGUUCGUCGUCCCAGUCGCUCUCUCCUCCCAGAAAUACACAGACAUGGCGGUCUCUCUGCUUCACCGGUUUUAGUAAGUUGCGAGUGUUGGGUGAUGCAAUGGAAGUUGAUUUAGUUACGAGUCCAAUGCAAGAGGAAGAUGCUUUUGGAGUUGAUGAGAAUUAUCAAAAUGCAGUUGCAUGCUUGGAUGGAGAUGGCUGCAAAAUUCGAAGUGGAUCAGUGGCUAUUGAGGGAGAUUCCAAUCUUGAUACAUCAAUUGCUUGUGAUUCAUGUGAACUAUGGUACCAUGCUUUCUGUGUGGGAUUUGAUCCGGAGGGCACAUCUGAGAGUACAUGGUUAUGCCCAAGAUGUUUAGUUGAUGAAAUGACAAAAAAAUCAGAUGCAGGUUCAGUCCAGAGGUCUAACAAACAGUAUGGUCCAGAAAAUCCUAAUGGUGAACCUGAAGCUGAGGAUAAUCUUUCUAGAAAGGUAUCUGUUUCUGUUGCUGAUAGUGGUGAGACAGCUGUUGUGGUCUCAAUGGCUGGCAAAAAUCAUGGGUAUGGAAAACCAAGUGAGAGCAUUUUGCCAACCGGUGAAGUUGGAAAGGACCUGAAGUCUAAAGAAUUGGUAUUGUCUACUGACGAUAGCCACAAAUUGGAAAAACCUUCCUGGGAAAGAAACAUUAACCAACCAGUUCUUGAAGCUCAGCAACUAAAACUGUCCCUAUCCAGUGAUACCUCCAGUUUACCUUCAAAUUCUUUAGCACCAAAGCAGUUAAGGAUGAGUACUGAUGGAUCAACGAAUGAGCCUAGUAGUUUUGAUGGCAUCACGAAUGCUUCUGGAAAGACCUUUGAUGAAUCACAGAUUAGUAACAAACAGUCUGACAAUGACUCCAAUGUGGGCCUUCAUCUUGGGUUAUCCGUGGGCUCGUUUUUGUCUGCUGCUGACAUGAAUAAUAAUGACACUGAAGAUAUAAAGCAGCACAAUCCUUCAGAAGAAUAUUUUUCAAAAGCUGAGACUCUCAUACCAAAAGAAGUGACUGACGAUGUGAAGCAGCACGAUCCUUGGGAAGGAUAUUCACCUAUAGCUGACGAAAUUGUACCAGAUGCUAAUUUGGAUGCCCCUGGAUCGACUGCUGGUGGAAAGAGAAAGCGUAUUGAUUGCAGCGAUGACAUUCGUAUCAUUGAUGAUGAUGGAGAUACUGACCCUAAGAUUGAGACCAAAGUUUCUGCUAAGAAAAUCAGAGAGGAUGUGAAGACACAACGCAUGGCUUCCAAUGACCAAGCCAAAGAAUCUGUUCCAGAUGAUUCUGAAAACUGUUCUAUCCUGACUGUAGCUCAUAAAGAUAGCACGUUAUCAUCUCAUCCUGUUGAGGGGAACACCACUUCCGAUAUAAUGAGCAUUGUUAGAACUACGAAGCGUAAAUCUUCUAAGGGGAUUGCACGCUCUAAUCCUGCUGAUAAAUCAUCACAAGAACAAGAAACUGUGCCUGGUUUGAGAGUUAAAAAGAUCAUGAGGAGAGCUGCUGAGGACAAGGACUCGUCUGUGACAGUUCAGACACUGAGAAAAGAAAUAAGAGAAGCUGUCGGUAAAAUUUCUUAAAAAGUUAUUGCCGAAAACCUUUUCAAUCCAAAGCUUCUUCAUGCCUUUAGGACUGCUGCAGCAGGGGGACCUCAAACUGAACCUGUUUAGAAGGUACCACAUUUGGCACUGAACGCAAAGAAGGCAAUAUUGCAGAUGGGAAAAGUACGUGAGAAUCUAACAAAAAAGAUUUAUGGGACAUCCAAUGGAAGAAGAACACGUGCAUGGGACCGGGACUGGCAAAUCGAAUUUUGGAAGCAUCGCAGCUUAGGAACUACAGAGCCUGAAAAGAUUGAGACUUUGAAGUCAGUUCUUAAUCUUCUGAAAGAGAGGUCAGAGCAUGUAGAUACAGAGCAGGAGUCCGAUAAGCAGUCCACAAAUCCAAUUCUUUCCAAGUUGUAUUUAGCAGAUGUAUCGGUACUCCCAAGAAAAUAUGAUAUUAAGCCUCUCUUACCUCUUAAAACUGCUGGUAAUACAGAGCAGAAUAAUAAACAGCUUGCCUUGAAUGACAAGUGUUCGGAGUCAUCUCUUAAUUAUUCCACUUCAAAUUCCUCAAAAAUGAAUACGGUUUCAUCAAAAGGCCGGGUUCCUUCAUUGGAGAAAUAUGGGACUAAGAAUAAUGUUCCAAGCUCAGAGAAUGGCGCUGCAUCUAACAAGGUACAUCAAGACAAACGCUUGGAAGGGUCCUUGGUUUCUUCGUCUGGUGCUUACAAAUCUAAAACCACGAGUGAAGUGGUUGAUAAAACUGACAAAAGAAAAUGGGCUCUAGAGGUUCUUGCCAGGAAAAGUGGGGGAGGCAUGAACACGACAAAUGAAAAACAGGAGGACAACACACUCAAAGCAAAUUACCCUUUGCUAGCUCAAUUACCAAUAGACAUGAGGCCGGUUUUGGCGCCCAGUCGUCAUAAUAAAAUCCCCUUAUCAGCGAGGCAGACACAGCUGUACCGUCUGACUGAGCACUUUUUGAAGAAAGCAAAUCUGCCGGUGAUCCAUAGAACUGCGGAUACGGAGUUAGCUGUUGUAGAUGCAAUAAAUAUAGAAAAGGGGGUUGCUGAUAGGUCAAGCAGCAAGCUAGUGUAUAUGAAUCUAUGUUCCCAGGAGAUAUUGCGUCGUUCAGAAAAUAGGAAGUCUAGUGCAGGUGCAGCCCCAGUAAAUAGUUCAUCCCCAUCUUCAGUCCCUGCUGAUAGAGCAGAACAAGCUGCCGAUGAACUUUCAACUGAUCCUGUAAUUGAAGCAGCACUGAGAAAUGCUGGUCUUCUGUCCGAUUAUCCUCCAAAUAGUCCACAUCCCAAUGUGGAAGUUCCUGCUGAAGAAGAGGGCCCCUCGUUAGAUAUCAGAGAGGAAGGGUCUGAUAAUGUAUUUGAAAUGGAUUUUCAGCCGGAUCUGGACAUAUAUGGUGACUUUGAGUAUAAUUUGGAAGACGAAGACUACAUUGGCGCUGCUGCUGCAAAAAUCUCCAAUCCACAACCAGAAGAAGGGGCACCAAAAUUGAAACUGGUGUUCUCUACACUUCAACCUGAAAGAUCUAAUCAGAAUCUAGAUUCUGAGAAGAUAGGGACGACUGUUGAAGUACAAAAAGAUUCUUCCAGCAUGCUCGAGAAUCAUACUUGUUCAGGUUUGGAAAACUCCAUCAUGGAGGGUGGGACUGACGAAUCUAGCGUUCCUCUGGAAUCCUUGUUCGGUAAAGAAGGUGAAGAACUUUCUGUUGCAGAAUGUGAAGAAUUGUAUGGACCCGAUAAAGAACUACUGAUAACGAAAUUUCCAGAAGCAUCAGAAAAGCUAUCUGGAUUGAUUGAUGAAGCUUUGGUUAAGGAUAAAGAUUCUAAAGAGAAUGAAAAUUAUGCACCAAAGUCAAACCAAGCAGUAAAAACAAAUGGAUUGGGUAAGGAGAACAAUUUGAAAAAUAUGCUUGUUGCCAGUGGUGGAUGCAACUCCUCUGGCAGAGAAGAUUCAGCGAACCACAUACAACCAGGUGAAACGGUUGAUACAAAGGAGAAGAAAUCCACUACGGGUUCUAACAAUCAGUCUAACAGCGUUGGUUCUGUAUCUAAGAAGGUGGAAGCCUACAUUAAAGAGCACAUCAGACCGCUAUGCAAGAGUGGCGUGAUUACGGCUGAACAAUACAAGUGGGCCGUCGCGAAAACAACUGCUGCUGACAUGAAUAAUAAUGACACUGAAGAUAUAAAGCAGCACAAUCCUUCAGAAGAAUAUUUUUCAAAAGCUGAGACUCUCAUACCAAAAGAAGUGACUGACGAUGUGAAGCAGCACGAUCCUUGGGAAGGAUAUUCACCUAUAGCUGACGAAAUUGUACCAGAUGCUAAUUUGGAUGCCCCUGGAUCGACUGCUGGUGGAAAGAGAAAGCGUAUUGAUUGCAGCGAUGACAUUCGUAUCAUUGAUGAUGAUGGAGAUACUGACCCUAAGAUUGAGACCAAAGUUUCUGCUAAGAAAAUCAGAGAGGAUGUGAAGACACAACGCAUGGCUUCCAAUGACCAAGCCAAAGAAUCUGUUCCAGAUGAUUCUGAAAACUGUUCUAUCCUGACUGUAGCUCAUAAAGAUAGCACGUUAUCAUCUCAUCCUGUUGAGGGGAACACCACUUCCGAUAUAAUGAGCAUUGUUAGAACUACGAAGCGUAAAUCUUCUAAGGGGAUUGCACGCUCUAAUCCUGCUGAUAAAUCAUCACAAGAACAAGAAACUGUGCCUGGUUUGAGAGUUAAAAAGAUCAUGAGGAGAGCUGCUGAGGACAAGGACUCGUCUGUGACAGUUCAGACACUGAGAAAAGAAAUAAGAGAAGCUGUCGGUAAAAUUUCUUAAAAAGUUAUUGCCGAAAACCUUUUCAAUCCAAAGCUUCUUCAUGCCUUUAGGACUGCUGCAGCAGGGGGACCUCAAACUGAACCUGUUUAGAAGGUACCACAUUUGGCACUGAACGCAAAGAAGGCAAUAUUGCAGAUGGGAAAAGUACGUGAGAAUCUAACAAAAAAGAUUUAUGGGACAUCCAAUGGAAGAAGAACACGUGCAUGGGACCGGGACUGGCAAAUCGAAUUUUGGAAGCAUCGCAGCUUAGGAACUACAGAGCCUGAAAAGAUUGAGACUUUGAAGUCAGUUCUUAAUCUUCUGAAAGAGAGGUCAGAGCAUGUAGAUACAGAGCAGGAGUCCGAUAAGCAGUCCACAAAUCCAAUUCUUUCCAAGUUGUAUUUAGCAGAUGUAUCGGUACUCCCAAGAAAAUAUGAUAUUAAGCCUCUCUUACCUCUUAAAACUGCUGGUAAUACAGAGCAGAAUAAUAAACAGCUUGCCUUGAAUGACAAGUGUUCGGAGUCAUCUCUUAAUUAUUCCACUUCAAAUUCCUCAAAAAUGAAUACGGUUUCAUCAAAAGGCCGGGUUCCUUCAUUGGAGAAAUAUGGGACUAAGAAUAAUGUUCCAAGCUCAGAGAAUGGCGCUGCAUCUAACAAGGUACAUCAAGACAAACGCUUGGAAGGGUCCUUGGUUUCUUCGUCUGGUGCUUACAAAUCUAAAACCACGAGUGAAGUGGUUGAUAAAACUGACAAAAGAAAAUGGGCUCUAGAGGUUCUUGCCAGGAAAAGUGGGGGAGGCAUGAACACGACAAAUGAAAAACAGGAGGACAACACACUCAAAGCAAAUUACCCUUUGCUAGCUCAAUUACCAAUAGACAUGAGGCCGGUUUUGGCGCCCAGUCGUCAUAAUAAAAUCCCCUUAUCAGCGAGGCAGACACAGCUGUACCGUCUGACUGAGCACUUUUUGAAGAAAGCAAAUCUGCCGGUGAUCCAUAGAACUGCGGAUACGGAGUUAGCUGUUGUAGAUGCAAUAAAUAUAGAAAAGGGGGUUGCUGAUAGGUCAAGCAGCAAGCUAGUGUAUAUGAAUCUAUGUUCCCAGGAGAUAUUGCGUCGUUCAGAAAAUAGGAAGUCUAGUGCAGGUGCAGCCCCAGUAAAUAGUUCAUCCCCAUCUUCAGUCCCUGCUGAUAGAGCAGAACAAGCUGCCGAUGAACUUUCAACUGAUCCUGUAAUUGAAGCAGCACUGAGAAAUGCUGGUCUUCUGUCCGAUUAUCCUCCAAAUAGUCCACAUCCCAAUGUGGAAGUUCCUGCUGAAGAAGAGGGCCCCUCGUUAGAUAUCAGAGAGGAAGGGUCUGAUAAUGUAUUUGAAAUGGAUUUUCAGCCGGAUCUGGACAUAUAUGGUGACUUUGAGUAUAAUUUGGAAGACGAAGACUACAUUGGCGCUGCUGCUGCAAAAAUCUCCAAUCCACAACCAGAAGAAGGGGCACCAAAAUUGAAACUGGUGUUCUCUACACUUCAACCUGAAAGAUCUAAUCAGAAUCUAGAUUCUGAGAAGAUAGGGACGACUGUUGAAGUACAAAAAGAUUCUUCCAGCAUGCUCGAGAAUCAUACUUGUUCAGGUUUGGAAAACUCCAUCAUGGAGGGUGGGACUGACGAAUCUAGCGUUCCUCUGGAAUCCUUGUUCGGUAAAGAAGGUGAAGAACUUUCUGUUGCAGAAUGUGAAGAAUUGUAUGGACCCGAUAAAGAACUACUGAUAACGAAAUUUCCAGAAGCAUCAGAAAAGCUAUCUGGAUUGAUUGAUGAAGCUUUGGUUAAGGAUAAAGAUUCUAAAGAGAAUGAAAAUUAUGCACCAAAGUCAAACCAAGCAGUAAAAACAAAUGGAUUGGGUAAGGAGAACAAUUUGAAAAAUAUGCUUGUUGCCAGUGGUGGAUGCAACUCCUCUGGCAGAGAAGAUUCAGCGAACCACAUACAACCAGGUGAAACGGUUGAUACAAAGGAGAAGAAAUCCACUACGGGUUCUAACAAUCAGUCUAACAGCGUUGGUUCUGUAUCUAAGAAGGUGGAAGCCUACAUUAAAGAGCACAUCAGACCGCUAUGCAAGAGUGGCGUGAUUACGGCUGAACAAUACAAGUGGGCCGUCGCGAAAACAACUGGUAAGGUUACGAAAUACCAUUCUAAAUCCAAGAAUGCAAAUUUCCUAAUUAAGGAAGGUGAGAAGGUGAAGAAACUCGCUGAUAACCACCACAACCACCACCACCAUGACCGCCACCUAAACCGCCAUCAUCACCACCGCGUCACCAUGCCUACCUACUCCUCAACCACCUCAACACCACCCCCACCAUGAUAAUCACCAAAUAGACACCAACUUAACCACUAUCUUGCCAAUAAUUACCACGUGACACUUCUACCACAAUCGUUGCCACUACCACCACCUCAUAAGGCCACUUUGGCAUGGUCAUUAUCACCAUUUCAAUAAUGGAAAUUUAAAAAUAAUAAUACGUACUAAUAAAUUGGUCAAUAAAGAUUUCAUGGCAAUCCACGGAAUUUUAAUAAUUUUAACAUUGAACUCUGUAGAAUUCUACAAAAGUUUAUCAUUUAAUUCUUUUCUUUUCCGCAAAAGUAUAUUAUUAAAAGGGAGUCUUAACGAAACAUUCUUGGUAUUGUUAGUUUUUAACGUUAAGAACAUUUUUAUUCUAAAAAGUCACCUCUGAUACGAUUCACUUAUAACACUUUUUUAUCCUUUUGGUUAUAACUCAAAGUUUUCAAUCCAUUUUCAUUAGUUUUCUUAUUAAAAGUCUAUGAAAUUUUAUAAACUUUCUAAUAAUCAGUAAAAGUCACAUUAGACACUCAACAAAAGUCUAUAUAAAUCUUAAUAAACCACACCUCGUAAAGUAAGCUACCACAGAAAGUGGCAAAACUUGAGUUUUUGAAUUAUGUAAUCCAAAACAAGUGGUAGUGAUAGUUAGGUUCUGUUGCUUGAUAAAAUACAAUAGCAUUUUAUGUUGAAUGGAUGAAGAGAUCCGGGACGCCACAAUUAUGACAUAAUUUCAUCCGAAGCAUAUUAUUUAAGGACAAUGUUAGGAAGACUAAAUUUGUAGAUAAAAUUUUGUAAACUGAAUAACAUAGAAGUUGAUGAUUGAAUUAUGACUUAAGCGUUGAUAAAUGUGCUCAUUCCUAUUGGUGACACGUCAUUUAGUUUGCAAAUUUUGUUUACAAAUUUAGUCUUUGUAACAUUACUCAUUAUUUAAAUAAGAAUCAUGUCCUUGUUAAAAA